AUGACCUGUGUUACCCCACCCUCCUACACCGCCUGUUUCACGCCGUCCCCUGUGCAGGAGGUUCGCGAAACCAGACGGGGGGGGGCAGGCGUGGGCAAUUGAUGUGCCCGAUGACUAAGCUGUCGGUGGACGCCGCGACAUCUUGCGCACGCCUUGACACGUGAUCACCACCCCCCACCUGGCGACCUGCGUAGCAAACACAAUGGGUCAGAUAAUGAGAGCUGAGCGCAGGACUCACUUGUAUCUCCAGAUGGGUAGGAAAACUCGCGUAAAGCUCUCCAGGUGAACGCCUCUUCUAUGUUUCACCCAUUUUCCCACACUCCCCCUGUUCUUCACCGUUUUAACUCAUCCUGCAUCUUCUAUGAGAUUUCAGACUUUCACCCACAAGAGGCGGCCUCUCGACAAAACAUCCAAUCACAUAAAAACGCUAAUGAGGAGAUUGCAGUGAGUCGACGUUUAUAGUCUAUGCCCCAAGAUAUUUGAAUCAUCAGAUGUGCCUGUUUUACUCUAGUUUCUGUGAAUGAACUGGACUAAAUCGUUGACGCAAUAGGGUUCAGAUCGAAGCAUUCACAUGACGUUUGUGUACUCCAUUUGCUUCCCAUUUAAAUGCUUCCUGAAGCGUUCUGGUAUUCGCGGCCGUUUAUUCGCGUUUUCACACACAUUUCUGCCCUCAACCUUGCUGCACAUUGAGUAGGUGGGCUAACUUAUGAAAUGUCAACCGAGAUUCCCAAAUGCGCUUUCAUUUCGAAAAAUUGAUUAAGUAAAGUUGGAGAAUUAGUCAUUUAACUACCCCAGGAUGCCUGCUUUAGGAAGGAAUUUCUUUACGACAGCAUGCAAAAGCUAUAUUCUGUAAAAAAUGACUGCAUAAAUAGCAUGCAAUUUUCCCAUUGAUUUUCGAUGUCCCUAAAAAUAUAAUCAUAUUUCAUGGAAAGCAUGCAUAACAACAUUCAUUCAAUUACUCACUCGGUAGCAAAUUACGUCUUCUUACAACAUUAUACUCCAGUAAGCGUAUAAUUCGGUUUAAAAAGAGUUUCUAAUAGUGGGGCGUUUAAAUGCCGUGAAAUGACCGUGCAUACAUCAUCAGGUCUCUGCAGUAACCAAUGCGGCUCGUAAAGUUAACAACAUCGAUCAAAUCAACUGCAAAAUUUUAUGAACCCUAUAUGGUCCUGCUUUAUUACCGUAGAGAAAUGUGUGGUUUUCCGUACGCUGAAAAUAUACGGCCUGUAGUUUGGAAACCCUGAAUCCAAGGGUAAUGGCAGAGCGGGUUCAAGAUUAUUCGGGAUUUGGAAACGCUUUUGAAAACCGAACUAUACUCUUUUUUCGAGUAUGAAAUUAGAAGGAGACGUAAUAAUCUACCGAAUGAACAAAAGAAUGAAUAUUUUUAUGCAUGUUUCCCAUGAAAUAUAAUUGGACAUUUAGGGGCAUCGAAAAUCGGUGAGAAAAAUGAAUGCUACAUAAGUAGCCAUUUUUUUGCAGAAUGCCAUUUUUGCGUGCUGCCGACAAGAAGUUCCUUCGAAAGCCAGCACCCUGGUGUAGCUGAUUUAAUAUAGAAUUACGGUUCUUGCUGAUUGAUUCUCCAACACUACCUAGUUAAUCUUUUUGAAACGAAAACGCAUUCGGGAAUUUCGGUUGACAUUUCAUGAUUUAGCCCACCUACUGUACUUGACGCGCGAUGUUCGCGUAGUCGACCGCAUCCAAGCCUUACCGGAUCUAUAAUUCACAAUGCAGGAAAAACAAAACAAUGGGGUUGACAUUUUUAACCUCGACUGGACAGCCAGAAAUGCGUAAGUGCAGGGCUUCACCACUAGAGCGACUUCAAACUGACUUCCCUCUGAGUGCGCCGGUCCUGCGCACUCUUGAAUUUGGGCGGGUGCCUCAUUCUAUUGCAGGCCUUCGUCAACUAAUGACAUUAUCACCGCUCUGCCAUGGAUAACUGAUACAGACGAACUAAGGGACCGAGUCAACAGAAAUAUUUAACGUGGCUUUCCGGCUACCUGAACCACUUUCAAGCACUUCCUUAAUUUUACUUUAGAGUCCAUGUUGGGGAGAUCGUGCGUUCUGAUAAAACAGGUUUUUGAAGUUUAGGUAGACACGUAGGUAGGCGACGAGUCGAGCAUAAAUCAUUCAGAUUAUUGCACCGGACUCCCAUCUCCGCCGGCAAGGUUUGUGGCUGCGUGGCAACUCAUAAAACUCACUUUGGGGAUUUCGCUUCAGUUAGAGUCAUUUUUUAUCAGUUACAGGCUCCUAAGAGGCCACCGAUAUAUACAUCCGAAUAACAACGUGGUCGGAGACCUGGGACAGUAUCAGGCGUUCGCACCGUACGUUUCUGCUGUUUAUGGCGUUUGGACAGCGUGUAGUCCGAACCAUAACUGAGCUCUAGCCUGGGCACGGUCAGACCCAUCGUCACCGCCAGUGUCUCGAGAGCGCAUCGCGCCCAUCUAGAAGUCAGAUGGUCUGCCGUACAGAUUAUGAUUUAGUCGGAUUUUAGCGUGGCAGUCGCUGGUGCACCAAGCGACGUGAUGCCCUCUGUGAUGUGGUAAGCGGGGGUGUUCGAAACGGCCAACCCAUUCCUGUCAGUGAAAUUGACAGAUCGCGCAGCGGCAUUUCAUUGUCAAGGAGGUGUCUUGUAAAUGCCUCAAAGUGCCCAUUUCGGACUCCCAUUCACCAGGUCCUGCUCAUUCGGACACAUUUAAAGGCCUGCUGGAGUUUAGAAUUGUGUAAUUAUUUACCGUGCUGGCAACACAGCUACUAGCUAAAAGCCCAGAUACGCGUGUUUCGCCGAUCUUGCCAGAGAAGGUCUUUUCUGUUUAUGAAGUCAGUAUCUAGUCGCAUGCCGACAGCAACGCCUCGAAAACCCUAAAAGUUUAAGUUCUUCUGCGAAAGUUCCCAUGGGGUAGACGAGUCGUUCGUUCUUACCUUCAACGGUUCGUCCGUCGCAAGCCACGACUUUCAUCAUGAACCUCGCGGACAGGGUGCAGCACGGUGACUUGUGCGUGCAUUAUUUCGUGGUAAGACAGGCUUUCGUAGCAGUUACCGUACUCUAUCCUCCCUACCUCUAAUGGCCAGACAAUUUCAGGACGAUCGGAGGUGGCCGAGGGCGUAGAGUCUGGCAAAAUUUAACGGUGCUUUUGCGUCUAUCACACAUGAGUGGCUUCAUCGAAAAGGACCCUCCAUCCUGAAAGGAGACGAGUUAUCCCGUUAGCUGGAAACCUUCAAUGUCGCGACUUUUAACACGUCGUGGUAGCUUCGGGUGCUGCGCUGGCGGAUCCAGACUAGUCACUUCGCAUGGAUGCCAUCGCAAUAGCUGAGAUUCGCAAAUGGGACACCUGUUUAAUUCGAAGCCUUGGUGAUUGACUGCAGAUCGGAUGUUGUAAUUACUCACAUGUUCUUUCGAUAGAAAUCCAGCAAAUAAAGAGUCAGAGGCAGUUUGCCCAUCGGGCAUUACAUGCUCCUGUUGGGUAGUCUAAUUGCACUCAGUGACGUUUCGCACUACCGCUGACGGCCAAAAUCUGCAUAGGUCCGACAACCUCUCGGUUUUUCAGCUAAAUUCCACAUCGCGUCGUUAUUGUGAAUGAGCCGGGUGACCUCAGCUAGACAAAUAGACGAAUCCUGUUCGCCUAGGGAACAAGCCUCAGCUGUCACCCACCAGAAUACCGGGGGACUCAACCCCUGUUGAUGACUCGUCAGCCAUGGGGAUGAAUGUAUGCGAACAUGGGUGUUCUUUGGGGAUGUUCCAACUUUCGUCUUGCAAUUAAAUUUCACGCGCAAAACUUCGGCGUUAUGACAACUCUAAAAAAGUCCUCAGCGUCUUUUUUGUCCGAUCACAAUGAAGUAUGCUGAAUAAGAGCUAUAUGACGUGUAAUUUUCACGUUUACUUAACCUGCUUUUUCAGGUGAAAGGAAGCAGUGAAUUCCACCGACCGGAAGCAGUCUGCCGUAAUAUAGAAGUGAAGAGUGCUGCUCCCGAGCUUGCGGCGAGCUCAAAGGUACAUUUGACGAAGUUUUCCAUUUAUCCGUGGCUCGAGUAGUGGGGUACUGUGCGCCAAGUCCCGACUGACAGGAGAGGAAAGAAGACACCGAAACUAGGGUUUGUUGUGUGCGAACCUCCGAGUUUCUGUCCCAAGACAGACCGCACGGUAGAUGCCCUGGAUCAUCACGGAGCCUGGCAGGCGUUAUCAGGAAUGCGCAUCUAAAGCAAACGCCAACAUUUGGGGAGUGAUUACAGACCCAGUUGACGGUUAACGCCGUCACAUUUGGAAUCUGAGUUGUUCCCCGAUUUGCUUUUUGCAUAUAAAGUCCUAGUCAAUGACCGUUGUGGACCAGGGGGCCUACAGUAAGUGCGCUAAAUCACGACCGCAAUUCCAAAAUGCGUUUUCGUUUCGAAAAGAGUAAUAAAGUAGGGUUAUAAACUAAACAUUGUGUAGUUUAAUUUUAUAAUAAUUCAGUUAGCUCAUGAUACUGGCUCUCAAACGAAAUUCGUUCUGGCUACAAGCAGAAACUAUGCUCUGUGAAAAAUGACGACUUGCGUAGCAUGUAUUUUUUUCAUUUAUUUUCGAUGUCCUUAAAAAACAUGCAUAAAAUUAUUCAUUAUUUUGCUCAUUCGAUGGAAAAUAGCAUCCUCCACCAAUUUUAUACUCAAAGCAAGGGUAUAAUUCGAUUUUCAAAAACUUUAUUAAUUCUCGAAUAAUUUUGAACCCGACCUGCCGUUGCAAUUCUAUCUAGGUUUUCCAAACUCCAAGCGUAUAUUUUCCGAGUACGGAAAACUAUAAACUUCUUUACUAUAUUAAAAUUAGACCAUAUGGAAUUCACAACAUUUUGCAGUGGAUUUAAGCCAUAUUGUUAACAUUGCAAGCCACAUUGUUAAACGUGGGGAUAUGACGUUUUAUGAAAGGCCAUUUGACGGUAUUAUAAAAUCUCACAAUUAGAAGAUUUUAAAACCGAAUUAAACUUUUCCUUUGAGAAAAAAUUGGAACAAGGCGUAAUUUCUACCUAAUAUGCAAAAUAAUGAAUAAUUUCGUGUACAUUUUCCAUGAAAUAUAAUUGAAUUUUUAAGGGCAUCGAAAAUCAAAGAGACAAAAUGCAUGCUAAGCAAGAAGUCAUUUUUUGCAGAGGGUAGUUUUUGCAUGCAGCUAAAAGGAAGUUCUUUCGAAAGCCGGCAGUCUGAGGUAACUGAAUUAUUAUAGUAUGCUGCACAAUGACUAGUUUUACAACCUUACUUAGUAGAUCAUUUGGAGACUAAAACGCAUUCCGGAAUUUCGGCUGACAUUUCUUGAGUUUUCACCGUGCCAGCUACCCCCGCCAUCUCUUGUCCCGGGUCCUCUUGACUCCAUCAUGACGACCGGCCCAGGUGGGGGGGGUGGGAAGAGAAUGUGGUAAAUACUACGCAAGUCACCGAGCCUAUUUUCAUCCUGCACUAGCUCGUGCAGUGGACAAAGCUGGUCACGACUGACAAACUGUCGCCGAGUUGCUGCCUUGGAUACGAGUGGCUGUUAACCAAACCAAGUCCUUAGCUAACCAUGUUUGUUUAUGCCUGAGAGUUUGAAGGUAAAAUUGUGGUGUCAUCUGCGGUCAUAGUCUUGUGAAAAGCAAAUUCAGGUGUUAAACGAGCUAGGUAACGCGAUUUAAGAAUCCCUUAAACUGUCGGCGUGUACGUGUUCUGCUCUCGGUCAGUUAGGUCAGCGCGUCUCGAACUGCCCUCAGUAACGACAAGUGACCUUGACGCAGCUAGGCAUUGCAAUGACGGCUGUAGUUUUGCUGCCUUAGUACGCAAAAAAUAUGGGGAUUAGCACAGAUGCAUAUCAGAUAAGAGUGUUGUUCACCGAUCUAUUUUAGACGCGAUUCGUGUAUGUCGCUUUCAGACGCCCUGCCUAGCCUUGUCAAUUAUCUAAGGGAAUUUGUCCGAUGUCACCUCCGGCCAUCCUGAAUCUGUUUUGCAAUCGGUGUACGACUGAGAAGAGACUGCGGUAGACUCCGCCGAAGCCUGCCAUCACUAUAAAGUAUUUCCAGUGCAAGCCGCCAGUACUGCAUCCACUCUGGAGGGUACACGUUGGACUUUGGCGUUUGCAACAGUCAAACUGUCAUUAAGCAUAGGGCAAAAGUGAGAAUAAGUGUUCUGACUUGCAGAUCUUCCUUUGGUGCCUUCAAGCUUAGUCGCAUAGCGGUUCUCGUUACCCCAUUGUUUAAAUAGUAAAUUCUAAACCAAAAUUCCUAAUAACCGACCAUUCUACCGUAGUGUCCGACGAUGUCCACAUUGUGCUUCACAGCACGGUGACUUGCAAGUGAGUUGGUUAAGAGCGACAGUAGACUUGCGCAAUAUUUAACGCAUUCUAUCUUCCUCCACCACCUCAGUCCGGUGUCAGGGAGUAGCUAAGAAAACCGGAGGUGAGAUUAGACUUGCACAGCAUCUACCACACUCUCCCCUCACCUACCUGAGCUGAUGUCAAAACGGAGACAAGAAGACCGGAUGUGAGGAAAGACGCAGGUGGCUGGCACGGCCGAAUCCGCACCUAGGCGUGUCAUCGCACAAUCUGUUCCACAAUGAACACUUGACCAAGGGUUUGAAUAAUAACAACAGCACCAUACCAGGUCAGAAAGAGGACGAUGUUAACUGGGUAAACAUGCACCAUACAUGUGUACUCGACGAGAGCACGAGUACACGUACCGGCAAGGAACCAGGUGUCAGAGAACUCCAAGCGCACAUCAGACUGCGGGUGCCAUGGUUUACUAAAUCAUGACGCAGCAGACGCAUAAGUCCUUAGGGGCCAGAAAGUUGACACACAGCCCUGGGCCAUCACCCUUCAAAGUCUGCGUAGCCAUUCAGUCAGCAACUGAAAGCCGUCACACGUUAAGUAAAUGCACACUCCUCACAUGCGUGAGAAUGCAACAGGCCAUUUUAAGACGAAGCUGCGACAGUCUUGCUCUCAGCGCACCAGUGUACCCGUCCACACAAACUCACACAACUUGGCCGACUGCAUGGACUGGGUCGAGGCGUCAUUUGGCAACCCCCCCCCCUCCCCAGCCAGUGCACUUAGCUCACCGCGAUAGUCUCAGACUCGGACCAUGUAGGGAGAGAGCAGAAAAGCGCAUUUCCCUCUUAUGUGAGAGGUGGCAACUGUGUUUUUGGGUGUCGUUUACCCUUUAAAAUUUAAAUACCCUGAAAUUUAUUUAUCCUGACAUCCUUUAUGUAUCAGAAAAUAUGAUUGACAGGUAAAAAGGUAAAUUGUUAGAAUUCUCGAAAACUACUUGUUGGUAAAAUACCCAUUUUCUACUUUUAAAAAAUCAGAUUUGGCUUCUAAAAGGUCGGCUGGAUUUAUAGAAGCCCAAACGCAAGUAGGGUAUUUAAAAUCAUUGCGCUUUUUUUCUUUUCUCCUAAACUCUACCUGAAAAUAAGUAAGCACACUGUCAAAAAUCCGUGGGUAUUAAAAGCUUAACAGCAAAUUGACUAUACAUUGAUGUAUCUCAAAGAGUUUGAACAUGUCAUCUUCAAAAGUGACUGCUAAGUGCCUUUAAUGAUAUACCUUGAAUGGCGGGACUGUACUUAGGUUUUAUAGGAAACCUUCGACUAAACAAUGAAGUUUUUCUUCAAAUGGAAAAAUAUAAAUAUUUACACUCUGGCAGUCUUUUGUAAGAAGAUCUUUUAAGUGUUUCCAGUAGAUAUGAAAAAUAUUUAUGCGGGCACGGCGCCUGUAAACAUAAACGCACUUCUCGUAAGUGACAUUGCUGCAGGGGUUUUUGAAAUAGAUGCACGAGGAUACGCACAAAAAGUGUGCAAAAGACAGCGUUAAUUCCUUUAAAAAUGUUGUAACAUAGCAGUUUUACCAAGUCGAGAAAAUCAAAAUCAUAUUAACUAAAUGGGAGGAAAAAAUCUAACAGUCAACAGGUCUUACCAUGCGUUAAAACAAAUCUGCACUGAAUUUUAAGAUCAUUGUUAGCAGACAGGACCGCAAAACAUUUUCCAGCAAGCACUUGGACGAAAAAAAAAGAUAAACAUAGGGACUAGUCUUUUUGAUAUUAUUUAAAUCUAAUUAACGCGGUUCUGUUAUUUAGUCCGCGUUUGUCGAUCUCUUGCCAACUGUAUAAAUUACUGGACUAAACAUUCAGGCGUGCGACUUUGAAGAAGAUUGUAGAAUAUAUCGUCUUUGUUAACUCUGAAACGUGAGCAACAUCAAAAAACAAACAAUGUGAUUUAUAAAACUUUUAUGGUCUGAAAAAGUUCGUUUUUAAAGGUUAAAAUUAAACCAAACUUCAAUUAUAACUUACCAGACAUGAGCUGCAACGGAAUACCUUGUCUUUGCAUUUUUAAAAAUGCUAAUUUGUAUAUUACGGAGUAGCCUAUGCGCGUUUUUGUUGCUCACCGGUAAAAGCCCUUUCAUUAUCGCUGACACGGAAUAACAAAAAUACAUGGCAUGAGGAGACAUAAGGAUCGGCUGCAAACAAUUUAUGCUUUGUGAAUUUAAAAGGAAGUUUAAUUCAAUAGUCAAUAUGACUCGCCCGCGAGCAAGUCCCGUUGACUAAAGUCGCAAAAAGCAGCGUAACUGCGAAUCCCCAGGAUGAGUAAUCUAUGUGUUCUUGCUCCCCCAAACCAUCCUCUAUAGUUUGGAUGUUUCCAUUGCGCGACUGACAUGCUUUCUACAGCUGCUGCAUAUGCUGUUUCUUUACUAGAAGCCGAGAAUUUUGAGGACGAAUUCUUGCGCCAAUGAACGUGUGGGCAGUAAGAAAAGUCUUCCAAAUAACAUCUGUGUUUAUUGAGUCAAUUCCUGGUUGACUGAAUUUCCCCAACACUGUCUAAUCAGAGCCAGAAUAUUCGUCAUAUAAAAUUCUGAUCUGCAUCUCUAAAAAGGACGUAUAGAAUUUAAGUCCGUCGUGUUCCACUGGAGGGGGGAAUAUUUUUAAAUCCCCAUACUUCAACGACACUAUAAAACAAGAAGGCCAGAUGUGGACCCGACCACAGAACUGCCCUAGUUAGGCAACAGGUCUGCGCAUUCCAUGGACAGCAGGACCCCUGCCAGCAGGCAUGCCAGGUCUCGCAUUAUUGAUCGCGCGUAAAGAAUCCUUCCAGGGGUAGCCAUUUCAGUCAGGUUAUCGGUGCUGAGGUGGAGGUCCUCAUCUCGUCAACCGAAACAACUGUCAGCUCAUCAUGAUUGUUUCUAAAAUGCGUUCGUUUUUUACAAUUUGCAAACUGAGAGCCGGAUUUAAUCGCGCUCAGUCCUUCCACGCUCAUUCAUGCGUUGAUGGAAAGUAGAUGAGAAGUGAGCUGAAUCCUAUUGUUUGAUAGGGACUACAUGCGAUUCAGACUACACAUGGGCUCCAAUCCUACGCAAGUGUUUGCAGCCAUAAACGUAACAUUAUAAAUAAACCGCUGCGGCCUUGUAUCUGUUUCCAUAGGGGACCAAGUUAAAACGAAUGAUUUCAGUUUCGCCACACUUGUUAUUUGAUAAUGGUAGACACUGAGAUGUUGUAGAUAAAUUGGUUUCAUUUUGGUUAAGUAAAAUAAAAACGAAUUCAGUAACUGAAGGUCGUCACUCAUUCCUUCUAAUAAAGGUUCCUAUAGCACUCCCUUAUUACGUCCUUAAUUUAAGUAUUUUAUCUUUAGAAACGAUUCUAAUAAAUAUUUACACUAAUUGACUGGAAUAUAUUCAUUUUAAACAGUUUUGCCAAGGACUAACAACAGUACUGGAUCCAAAUAAUUAAUAGAAUAAGUUUUAACACCGGCAAGCAAAGAAGAAACCAUAUGAGUCAUGCACGAAAAUAUCUACACCUUUUGCCCAUGUGGCUAACUAAUUUAAAAUAUCUUUGCAACAGCAAACUACUAAUGAGCUCGAUUAUGCAUUUACUUGCCUCUUUUACACCACAACGUUAAAAAUGUUCAAUGAACUUUUAGCCUUACACACCAGUUGCAUUUUAAACAAAUGCAUUUGUUUGUGUAAACAGCAGAACUGUCCACUCAGUUCCGCAUUAUAGGAUAGCUAGACCGCUAUACUUCGGUUUACCGGACUUGAGUACAUGUCAACAAAAAUUGGAAAUCCAUUAAAGGAUGAUCCUUGAUUGCUAUUUUAGACCUCGCCCAGGCUUAGCCGAUUAAGGCCACUUCUAUACUUUCAUAACAUACGAAAGGUGAGUCCAGGGAAGCUGUUGGCGUCGUUAAAAUUCUAAAUGUGAAAUAUGCAUUAUGUUGAGUCACCAUCAGGAUGACCCUGCUUCACAAAAUAUACUAUACCAAUUCUUUAUCCUUUUACAUUAUACAACUGAAGAGGUCCCAGAAUUCUCUGCAUUUACAAACGGACGAAGGAAAGAAUAUAAAUGAGGUACGAUAAAUAACAUUUUGGCAUUCUCGUUUCAAAAGCCACUGUCCUAAUAACGCUAAUUAAAAUUGCUGACGUAAUAAAAGUGUUAUAAACUUAGUAGGUGUUGAGGAUUAACGAUCAUUUGAAUGCUUUGCCGUGCGCAAAUAAUAACUAAAAGCCCCACACAAGUCUGUAUUAACAAUAUUCUGCGUUUGCAUGGCAAGGCGACGAGAUAUUUAGUCCAUCAGUAGGUUCUUCAUUUUUAUUCGUGUGCUUUUUGAUAAAUAUUCAACGUCCACGAUGAUAACCCUAUUCAGUUCAGAAUUUAAUGCGCUAUCGUGGAAUAAAUCGUUCCAAAUGAACCUCCUAUAUCCAUGAUACCUCUUGGACUGAGCCUAUAAAGCAUGAUUCUCAAUGAUAUUCCCCAAGUUAGUUCACGAAUUUCUUAGUAGAGUAAAGGGGUAAAAUAAUGAUUGCCUUGCAACAACUAUUUUGCAAAUGUAUGUUUAGACAAUUAAAAGAUGAUUAUUUCUAGCCCGAGUCUAUUGUGGCUGUUUUCUGCCAUCAAAAUACGAUAAAUUAUGCACUGAAGUUGAACUGUUAGAUCUAGGCAAUGUUCUGUCUUCAAAGAGAUCCGUUGCUAUCAAACUAGUAAGCUUUAUUUGUGUUAAACUAAAGUAUUCUCAAGAACGCGAUGUAGCACGUGCGUUUACACCUACAAAUCCUUUAUAUUUGCCCCAUUUUGUGAAAAAAAAUCCCUGACGUAAUAGUAUAGAAAAGCUUAUCAGUUGACAUCAAGUCCUGUUUGGUCGUAAAGCUUUUGAACUCUGGCUGCUUAUUUUAUCGAAUUUUUUAAAAAAACAUUUAAGGGCUCGUUCCCUAAAGAAAAAAGCCGUAGAAUUCACAGCCAGCCAUAAGCAUUGCUUUUUACCAUUGGCCAGCCAUACUGAAAGUUGAGUUUAUAUUAGUCACUGUAGACUGAUAAAUGUGAAAUAUCAUUUUCAAAACAUAAAGAAUGGGGACGCCAGAAAGUGUCUACGCUAUAAUUGCAUAAUGGUCGAGUUUCACCCCGUCUGGGACAAAAAUAUAUACCUGCAAGGGGUAAGAAACAAGGCCACCGGGAAAAUGCAGCAUUUUCCCUCUUUAACUGAAAAAGACCGUUUGUCCCGCAUGAGCCUAUAUAUGCUCAUGCUGCGUAUUACAUAUGUGUGGUCUUUAUUCAGAUCGAUUCCCAUAAACACUACGAAAAUUCACAGGGGUUCAAACUCCCGACACGGUAUGAUAAAAAGGCGGAAUAAAAAAUUUUUGAUUGAUCUCUGAGUGCUGGGCUAGUGCCGUUUCAGCCUAGCAUGCAACAAAAAUUCCUCAAUAAUCUAGUAUUUUUAUAAAAAACGAAAAUCUUGCUAAAAUGAUCAUAGUAUUAUCACCUGUCUAUGUUACUGAAUGUCUUCGAAUAUGUGGAACACUUUACGACCAAUGUUACUGACCUUCUGUCCUGGAAUUAUAAGAUCUUCAGUAGUUAUCUUGCUCUUUUAAAGAAUUUACUUGCUGUGCACAUUUCCGUCCGGUUUGGGCCGGUUAGCGUUUAUAGUAAGUGUUUUAAGGUGCCACUGUACAGAUCGAUACGGUUUCAGACGUUUCUAUAUAAUGUUCCACAGUUUCCGGCUAGACAUAAUUCGUUCAAAAUCGUCUUUUUCGAUUUAGCGAAAUAAAUUUCUACCUUACUUAAAUUACAAUCCGCGCCAUUUGGAGGUUAGUGUACAACUUGGAAAGACCACGUCCCACACCAUUAUAUUAUUGUGUUAGACAGGAAAAAAAACAUUAAACGAGGUUUAAGUGUGCUCAUGUAAUAAGGGGGUGCAGGGGAAAUUGUUUAUUUUGUCCGCGAGGUACGGGAGGUUGGGAAGGAUAAACACCCAUUUUUGCCCCCUUGAGUACCACAACUGUAAAACACUCGUGACUAUACUGAGGAGGAAAAAGAAAGAAAGAAGAGAAUGAAGAAGUAGAAGUAGAAGAAGAAGAAGAAGAAGAAGAAGAAGAAGAAGAAGAAUUAUGUAGCAAUACGACAUCUGACAUAGAAAAAUCAACAGCAUUUUCGGAGAGUGAGUGCCAAUUUCACGGAGUGUAAAAACGUAAGCACUUAUAUGCAAGUCGCAGAAAUAAGAGCGGGUUGUAAACCGUGAAAACGCGGCAGCUCAUUCUUUUCUUUUAAGCAACUCAUCUUGGCGAGCAGUCGUCAAUCAGUCAAGCCAAAAACUGUCAACUUUCAUUCGCUGAAACUAAGUUAUGCGAGCUAAUGAAUCCUAGUCGGUGACGGACUUCAAAAGUAAGAGGAUGUUUUCAACCGAAUUAAGAUUUAUCUGGGAAAUUGCUUUUAGCAUUGGCAGACGUGGACAAGAAUAGGAUAGCAACCAGACAAAUUAUAGGGGCCCCUGGUCCAGUGUAAACUAAGUCCGACAGAUGACUUAAUAGCGAAUCCAGUGUCACCAAAAAGAUAGAAAAAUUGACCCACUAUAGGAGAACCUGUAAAAAGUAAUUUCCAACAGUAGCUGGGUAAGUAGCGGCUGACUGAGAGAUUUUGGUUGGAUAAAUUGUUGAAAACCGGUUAACAAUCAUAAGGAGACAUCUGCGCGGUUGAUUUGGCUGACUAAACCAGUCUUAAGUUGCAUUUGGUGCACUAGCUUGUCAAUCUAUCGAAAAUAUCACAUUCUGGUAGACUGCUUUGCUAGCAAAGUUCGGUGCAUAUUAGGUGAAAUAAUGAACGCUAAUUUAAGAAACCCAUUAUUAUCAUUUGCUCAUCGAAAAUAGCACUAUGUUUCAGGGCCAGUUUUAGAUGAAUUUGCGAGAAAGACCUAGGUUUCGAAGAUGACAUUUACAUUCGAAAUAACCCGUACAUAUAAGGACUGGACGCCGCUGUGCGGAAUCAUAUCGUCUUUACGUAUCAUCUUAAACCCUGUCAUCGAAAUUUUUCAAAACUUUCAACCAAUCGUCUUCACUAGGAUGUCAUUGAAAUAUCAAAGUUAAAAGAUCUUGAAGAACAAUUAUACUUUCCGUUAUUCCUUUUUGACCGGAAAUUAGGUCAUAGUGUAUGAAACGCCAUGCACUGAAUUUUAUCGGAAGGCAGAAAGCAUUAGCGAUAUGUCAGAUUCGGAGACUGUGGCAUCGUAACGCUUCGCCUCACUGUCAAAGUACCUAGCAAAUUCCCAAAUUUCUGAAACCCCUAAUGUUCAUUCCAUUUCGGCUGUCGUUUACAAAGGCAAAAGCAGACGAAAAUUAUGUUUAAAAAAAUAGAUCCAGUUUCGUUCCACGCAUUUCUAUCUUAAGUUUGGAAGGCAAAACAGCCGGUUUUUCCAAAAAGUUGACGCCGGAUCACUGUUCAUAGACGUUGCCAUUUUCCGUUUAUGGUAUACUGGAUAACCGCGAUUCAAACAUAUGUUCGGUUGAUCUCUUAAACGUCAUAAAUGCGCGGCACAGCCGGGGUCUACCACAGAUCCGUGGCUCUAUAUCAGAACACUCAUUUGAACACCCAGUGGCCUAGAAGGCCGCGUUUAUACCCCGAUCCUUUCUGGUAUGCGUAUUGCUGACUGAUGAGAUCCAAUGGACCAGAAGUAACUAUCACAACCUCCUACAUCAUGUCUAUUGGCAACUUUCGAUCGUAAAUUAUUUGCCAGUUGGCCGUGGGGAUGGAAAACCCCGGACCAAUGUGCAACUUCACAGUGGAAUAACUCGUUUUCUUCCGUUUAGUUAGAAUAUAGCAAUGGCCAUUAAUUUUAUAUGAUCAUGUACCUGUUCAUUCUGCUCAUUCAGCUAAGUCUUUUUUGCCCUGUAAACGAAGGCGUUAUCCUCCCUGUCUGAAAGCUAUGCUAACGCCCAUAUGGCAAACCUCAAAAAUCACAUUAUUAUGUCGGUCUACCUUUGGAAAAAGGGAUUUUGAACGCCCUUUUGCUUUUGUUAGGUACAAGGCAGUUUGUUUUAGAUAUGGCCUGACGCUCUAAAAGUUGUUUGCCAAUUAAAAACCGUUUUCAUAUUUUUUUUAUUGGAAAACGUUAAAUUAGAUCGACUUAGCAAUAAUUACUUGCGUUAAGUCAUAUACCUUCUUACAAACCUUGAACCCAUUUCAGACGAAGAUUGAGCUGGUUGCCAGUACUGUUCAAGUUCAGUACACAUCACCACAGGUCAGUAUUUUCAGCGUUCAUUUUCCAGUCUUCUCUUGUCUACUUACAAGUUGCAAAGGCCUGUAGAAAAUAGUAACAAAAAGCAAUGAUACCCUGUUAACUCUGGUCGAGCUUGACAGAAGCCUGCGGCCACACGCGUGGCAAGACGUAUCAGCGGCAUAUUUUUACCCAGAUCCCAUGCGUUUUAAUAAAAAGGGGAUUUUUUCUUCACCUUCUAAAGAACUGUCAGAAGUUGGCUAGCUCUGUCUCCCAAAUAUCUUCGCCGGAAGCCCAAGUAAGCACCUUCAUUAACUUACAUGCUAGUGGUUGCACAGUUGCCUGCUAGGGGAUUCCUAUCAUAUAGCCUGAACUUAGACUCUUGUUAAAAUAAACCUGAUGUUUGUUCAUUCGCAUGGAACGAAACUUACAAAAGAGGAACUGUUAAAUAAUUGUCGUGCAAACUGUCAGAAAAGGGCGUAUAAUUCCAUCCUCUGAAUUCCUAAUUUGACUUAUCCAACUUAAUACGGUUUUCACGCAGAUUACGACCAUUUUAUAUUCACAGGAAAAAAGGCUUGUUUUUACGCCGAUAUAUUUCACUAAGUUCAUAGAGGUAUAGUUUUUAGAUAAAAGAACAAUCGUGAAUCAAGUCAUUCCAUUCACUAAGUUCUGGUGAAUAUUAUACUACUUAACUGUUUGGUUCGUACAAUUUGCUGCUUCAUGGAAAAUAUUUCAGUUUGCGUCCUCUGUGCAAAUUUGCGCAAAAUUUUUGCGCACAUUUUUCCGUUGGAUAGCGCGAGUAAUUAUUCAUAAAUAAAAUAGGGCAAGAUUGUUUCACUGUCUGCUGUCUACCGUCCGUCGUAGUCUGGUUGCAUUGGCUACUAAAAGACAUGACUUUAAUCUUUUACUCAUAUCGCAUGUGAGGUAGCGCACUUUAAACACUAUUUCUUGUUGUCUGAGAAAUAAGACUAGACACGGCUAAUGGGGAAAUAAUAAAAAUCGCCUUUUGUGCACUAACGACGUUUGCAAUGGUCAAUGUGUUUGAGUCCUGAUAACUGCUUUUUAUAGGCAACAUUUGUCAUCCCCGAAAAGGAUUAUCCACGCCCUGAUCACAAGGCAGCGGUAAGUGAAGAGUGCUUUAGAGACCAGCUGAUUGGCUGUUUAAAUGCGCCUUAUGCUUCAUCACAUCAUACGUUCUCGAGGACACCCUUUUCUCUUGUGUCGCUGAAAAACUAUUGGUCUAAACUUAAAAAAGCGAUCAACUGUACUUCCGUAUCCAGGAUUAUCAUCCAGAUGCUAAGAUGCUCGAGCAAACGAACCCAUGGAUGGCACGAUAAUAUUCGAGAAAAUUUCAUAGGGCUUUUCAACACUUCUCAUUAGAAAAUACAACAAAAUACGAACGAUACUCCGAUGAGACAUUACUAGCAUAAGCGUCAGCCUAUUUACUCAACGGGGUUAUGCGAUCUCGUUAGCACUCCAGCGCAUCUAAAGACAGGUGAGCAUCAGGUCCCCGACUGGCAGUAACACAUUUUCACUGCACUAAGAUGACAUUAAAUGCAUGCCCAUACACCAAGUUCAUGUCCUUUACGACAAACGCACCGCUUAAUACAUACAGAAUAUACAUGCAGCCAUCCUUACUUCGAAUGUACCAACCGCAUUCUGGGCAGCCAACGCUGCAGAACUGAUCCCAGAAUUCCGAAAAUAGUGGAGAGCGUCGUUUGUACACGUCAAGGAAGCCGCCAAGUUUAAAGUAUUCCAGCCCAGCCUGGGAGAUCACGAAGACUGUGCCACCAUGCUGCCGAUCUGCAGAACUAAAAAGAACUGCCGCAAUAGGUAUUGAAGUCCUCGAUGCAGUCGAUGGAGACAGAAGUGAUGUGUUUACGCAGUGGAAUUAGGAUUGGUUGUUGCGGUACAUUCCCAGAAGGUAUGAUGCAUAUUCAGGUCCUUAUAACUGGAGCCUUGACUUAACUUUGUCCGCUCCGGGGCUCAAGAAAGUGAGAUGUGUCGGUCGGACGUUGUUCAACUUGAAGGACACUGUUACACCCCGCUCAAGGUAGCGGUAGUGAAAAGGGGGACCAGGCUUGUUUAUGUUAACAGUCAGCCGUGUGUUUGCCUCCUUGACGAAACCCUAAAUUUGUUCUGAUAAUACACUACAAGAUAGCAACGCAGGUACUCACUGUUUCAAUAGUGAGAGUUUGGGGUGUUAUUUUGAGAAAGGGAAUACGAUUCCUGACAAAACAUAGUCAUCUCAUCAUUGCCAACUCAAGAAAACCCAGCAGACAUUGUCCGAUGACGGACUGACCCGAUGAUAAAGCAGAGACUCAACCACCCCCGGUUUCAGAUGACGAUUUAUAACGCAAGUGGAUCUCACGCCUGCCAAGCAAUUACCCAAAGGGCCAGGGGGGCGAAAGAAGAAAAAAGUCGCUCAGUUUGUGGCUGGCAACCUUGGCCAAUCAUAAAAAUUCCGGUUAAAGCUAUCGCACCAAGCCUUCCGGAACGUCAGCCGCACGAUGACUCUGCACGAAAAUCUUUAUCUCAAAUCACAGCAGGUAAAAAGGAGGAGACCUCUCGAAGAGACAUCAUUCUAGACACGCAAAUUCUCCUGCUGGUGGUUAUCUAAUGACAUGAAAGUACAGACCAUUCCUAGAUUUUUUUCAACAAGAACACCCAGCCAGCGACAUGCACGGGCACGUUUGAGCUUAAUAUGGAUUCAAAAGCGGGCCUGGUAAACGAAUGAGAUAACUGUUCAACACCCGUAGAGUGAACGACCCCAGUUAGAUGUGUCGGCAUACUAAGGAUCCUGUCAUGCGAGAGCGGUGGUAUUGGGGGAUUUACGGCGGAGGGGACAGUGGGCCAGACAGUAAGCUGACAGAAUGCAGGAAAGCAUCGAAGACGGUCAGUAGCAAAAAACGAUACUUUCGGGUAAAAUAAUUAUUGCAUGUAGGUACAGUAUUCAGCCGGAUAUUCCGUGUCGUUCAAUCCUGAAAGAGGGCUUAAGCAUCGAACAACUGAGUCUACCGCCUGGCAAACAUUUCUGAUUUCCCUCAUCUGACGCUCGGUUGAUCCCCGUUUUUUGUUUCACCGUUCCCGGGUACAACUGCCAACCAUCAGCACUUAACUAGACUUCGCAGGUACAUUCAUCAGCACACGAUCCACAGUCUACCGACAGCCAUUUUGGGGUCCUUCAGCCUACCGUUGCCGACGAGAAACUGAACCAAAAUGCAGGGUGGUUUUUCCGCCGAGACGGAUUACACAAGCAUGCCAUUUUUCAUGCCCAUGUGCACUGCUUUGAAUUAUUGGACAGAAAUCGGAUUUAGAACAGUCCGCUACGCACACCUACUUCGUACCAGUCACAUAUCCGAAAGUCCACCAGUAUCGAUCAAUACAAAGACGGGAAUUCCAGGAAACAGGUCGGAGGAAGACGCGAUUGUUGGGCCAAGACGUUUUCUGACCUGGCUUUUAGGAUUUUUACUCGAGCCCGUCAUCAGAGAUGAUCUCGGAUAAGAGUGAUGGGAUGCAAGGAGUGCAUUGUAUCUUUAGGACACAGCAUUAAUAUCUGCCUUCAUCGCUUGAGGUUGUAGUGGAGACGGCAAAUGCUCAUUAGUCAGGGCACGACCGUGAUUUCAUCAUCCUUGAUGGAUGCUAGGGUGACAAUGUCUCGGUAGUUUGGCUCUCCAUCUCUGGGACUGUCGCUCGCUCGUCUAAUAACUGUGCCCAGGCAAAGUCUCAGCACAAGAUAUUGGUGCGGGAGGUUGUUGCACUUGAUGAUCGAUAUUAGGCCGGAGAACUGCGACCUAGUUAGCUGGUGGCUCACGCAAGUAACAUCUUUUUUGAGAAUUUUGACCCCGUCAAACAGGCAGGUGUGGCCGACUCCCGCCGAAUGAGUUGCAACCUGAAAGCUAGUGUCAUUGCUCUCUGCUGCUGCUUAUGCCUGUUCGGCCAUCUGAACCCGGCGUAUUUACCCAGUUCCUCCGACGUAGUUGUUUUUUCCACAACUGCCACAGCUCGGUAAACGUCUCCAGACAUUCUUUGUCGUUGCAGUGGGUCUUUUACCCCCUUGCCUGGCUCCUGAAAAUUGUUUCUAGUGGGCUUCCGAUGACCAAUCUGAGUGGGAAUCCGAAAAGCCAGCCCGGUUGACUAAUUUUCCCGGCGAUCGCAUUUUUUUAAAUCCACCGGUGACAGUGGUGUUGGGGAGAUCUUUAAUGGCUCACCAUUGACCAAAGAACAUUCAAUACUUGAAAACCCUGACAGGAAGUAGACUGUAUUUCUAAAAGAACCGCUGGAAUGUUACAAAUUAACUUUUAUUUUAUACAGCAUUUUUUUUCAUUGUGGGAAUCGAAACAUGACUUACAGACCCGCUAUGAAAUUCUAAAGGUGUUGGUUAUGGAGGGUAAGCAGACAGGUCGCCUAAAAGUCCAUCUGUUACAUCGUUAAUCGAUGAAAGUGUUUCAACUGGAUUUUACUAUGCAAACCUGGGGGUGCGACGUAGAGCGUUUACGUUUGAUUCGUUCGUUAGUUCGCUUCUAUCAAGCCGGUCCUUUGAAUCAAAUGGAGGCACUCAACUGCGUCCGUAGCGAACGCCACUUGCUGACCCCCUCAUUGUCUCUGAUUUUUACCUAUCAGUAGAAAUCUAUUUCACAUCACCAUUUGGCAUUCCACUGUAAUCACAAUGAGCAAACUUUCAUUAUCCGGCAUUCGUACACUUGGUUUUGAAAAGUAAACGCUCUUAUGGACAUAGAGGGGGGGGGGGCAAAGCCUGAAUUCAUACCAUCUGUUUAUGAAAAAAAAUCACAGUUUUAAGAUAUGCACGGAUCAUAUUUAGGGCUUGAGCCCAAAUUUUUUGUCGAGGUUAAUCACCGUAAGAGGAUGGUGGUAUUCUUACAGAUUUCAGAACUAUUUAUACGGGAGAAAGUCCCCUCGACAAGGCAAAUAAGGCAUGUGGUUUGUCCGAAAGAACAGAAGACGGUAUAUCGUCGGCCUCCAAGACCAGUAAAGACUCAGCAAAUAAAAUGCAGUAAGUUCACUUUUUUCUGGCUUUAAAGUUGAUUCUUAUACCUCGUUGUUUGUUUAAUCGAUGAGAGCCUUAUGUAUUAAAAUGAGUUUAUACUCAUUAUUUUAGUAUAACUACGACAUUGUGACCUCAUAUACUAAAAUUGUAACUUUUUGGUGUCUCUGUUUUCUAAUCAAACACAUAAGUUAUUGUAGAAUGUGCUUUUAUUUUUUAGAGGCGAGAUUUUCCAAAUAUAUUUGUAGAUGAAACUAGGCUGGGCUUUGCUGCUAGAACGAUUUCGUAAUUCAACAUCACCCAAAUGAUCUGAACAUUAAAAACUUCUCGCACAAUCGCUGGAGGUUAAAUACUGAUCCCGUGCGCCAAAAUUUGGGGACUUCGAAAAUAUAUUUAAUGUGAAACAAACCCAUAGAGGUCAGUCUUAUUCUCAGUUUGUCUGUUCAAGCACACGUAGGUCUUACCCAUAGUAUCGGCAGACCCACAAAUACACAUUCAGUGACGUUGGAGAGCCAAGUUAAAAAGCAUUACUUUGCCGUUAUUUAAUUUUUUCUCUCUUUAAACAAAAACAAUUUUUUUCACCAGUCAAGCCGAACGGUUUUUUGGAAUUUUCCUGGGUCGUAUUGUAAUUUUGCGCUUAAUGGAGUAACUUGAGAUCGUGCUCCAGACUUCUAGGUAUAUCUGAGUCUUCACAGAUAGUUUUUUGACAAAAGAACGGUUGAUGGCUUCAGCAAUUUGGCUAUUUUGUAAAUCACUGAUUUUCAAAUUUAUUCUUUAGUCAUGGUCCAUUCAUAAGAAAUAGAUAAAUGGAUUUCGAGACAUCGGUAACCGCUGACAAUGCAUUUUCGUUAUAAAUUUGGAUCAGAUGUUGUUUUUUGGUCCCAUUUUGAAUUAAACAAACCCCAAACACCAGCAAUAGGGGACCGGUGGUGGUAGGGGCUUUUUACAGGUGGGGCUGGGGAACGCGCACGCCAUGAGAUCAAGUAAUUGUCCGCAAACGAAAAGCUAUUGGGAAUGUACGGUUGUACUUCACGUGGUUUAGAAAUAGUUUUUCUAACCCUAACCCUAAUCGUAGCUCUUAACUCUAACCACCAACCCUAACCCCUACUCCUUGCCCCUACCACUAAUUUCUGGCCCUAACCCAAACUCCAACCCCAACACGGUUGUGUCUAUCGGGUGGGACUUCAUAACCAUAUCUUUCCAAAAUUUGUUCUAAUACCUGUAAGCAUUUGUACGUAGUUGAAAAGGCCCAUAUGUGAAUAUGUAUGUAGACACUUCAAUUGUAAUCCCGACGUGAGUAUUAUCCAAAAGCUCGUGUUUCGCCGAAACUGUGCCGCCGCUUUACGCAGCUGCGAGUGUUCACAUCACCAAUAGGCCUUCUAGCCUUCUCCAUAAGCCUUUUGACGCACACAUCGAUGUUCAACGUUCAGCUUCUAGAUGGUCUUGGAAGGUGAUAGGAUAACUGGGUUUGAAUACCUCGACACAAACCUCCGUUGAUUCGAUUCAAAAACUUGUAUGAAUGUUCGACUACAAUUUUGUCUUCUUCAGUGGAAUAAUAAUAUGUUUGUCCCUUUAUGUUGCCAAACAGUGAUCAGUAUUUAAAUACUAAUUGACUAACUCGGCUCCAGGACGAGUUUCGUAGGUAUUUUACAGCGGCUUGAAACAGGUUCGAGUUGAACGGCAUACCGCAGGUGGGCUAACUCAUGAAAUGUCAACCGAAAUUCCUAAAUGCGCUUUCGGUUCGAAAAGAUUAAUUAAGGUUUUAAAACUUGUCAGCCUGGAACACAAUUUUAUAAUUUUUAAAUAACGUCAGGAUGCCGGCUUUUGAAUGAACUCUCAUGCGGUUGCACGCAAAGACUGCACCCCGUAAAAAAUGAUCACUUAAAGAGCAUGAAUUUUUCGCAUUGAUUUUUGAUGCCUCUAAAUGUCUAAUUAUAUUUCAUGGAAAAGAUGCAUUAAAAUAUUCAUUCUUUUGCAUAUUCGGUAGAAAAUUGCGUUUUCUCUUUAUCUUUUACUUCAAGGGAAAACAUUAUUCGAUUUUAAAAAGUUUCUAAUUGUGUGACUUAUAUUUCUUCAUUAAACAGUGUGGCUUGUAACAUUAGCAAUGUGGACCAAAUCUACUGCUAAAUUUUAUGAACCCUAUAUAGUCUACCUUCGUCGUCGUACAGAAAUGUGUGGUUUUUCGUACGUGAGUAAAUAUACAGCCUGUAGUUUGGAAACCCAGAAUCCAAGAGUAACGGUAGAGCGGGUUCAAAAUUAUUUGGGAAUUGGAAGUUUUUGAAGAUCGAAUUAUACCCUUUCUCCGAGUGUAAUGUUGAAAUAAGACGUAAUUUUCUACCGAAUGAGCAAAAUAAUGAAUAUUUUUAUGUAUGUUUUCCAUGAACUAUAAUUGGAUUUUAAGAGGCAUCGGAAAUCAAUGAAAAAAAUUUAUUCUACUUAAGUAAUCAUUUUCUUCAGGGUAUAAUUUUUGCAUGCCGCCGGAGGAGACUUCAUUCAAAAGCUGGCAUGCAGAGGUAACUGAAUUAUUAUAGAAUUAUGCUGCAAGGUGAUUAGUUUAACAACGCUAUUUAAUUAAUCUUUUUGAAACGAGAACGCAUUUCGGAAUUUCGGUUGACAGUUCAUGAGUUAGCCCACUUACUGUUCAUCCCCAACUCGUAAAAUGAGGAUUAGAGGCUUUUCGGGGAAGGACACUGCAUACGCAUUAAUUUUAAAAUUUAUUGUACUAACUCGUUUUUUCCCCGAAAUCGAUGCAGGAAAGGUGAGAAAUGUUCGGAAUCACGCAGGUCGCAUAACCAGAAGAAUCAUUAGUAAGAGAAGUGAACAGAAUGUUGCUGUAAGUACCCGAUUGGGAAGGAGGAAGGGCUUGCACGAUUACGGCUUACUGUGUUGGAAGUAGAAUGGGGACAGCGCAUUAAUGAAACAAUAGGCGGUGGAAAAUUCGGAUUAGGGGAGGGGGCAGUGGGACGUAGCGAGCGUUCGGGUAGGCACGGAUGCUGAUGUCAACCCUGUCGGCGUAUCAAGUCGCACUAGGCAAUUUCACCUUUUUCGGGCUUGCGGUUGCGAGUACUUCAAUAUAGUUUUAACCGAUGCAGCAGCCUGAACGUAUACGAAGUACAACCGGCUUACAAGCACUACCGCAAGUUUUUGUGUGCCGGCCAACAUAGCGACCCUACGCGCGGCGGAAAUCAGCGUUGGGUCACGUGGUUGAUGACUUCGUGUACAGCCACUUAAUGGUGCGAUUCUUUAAUCCAGAGGAUUUUGACUUGCGGGCUACGAAGACUUCAAAUUGAUGAAGGCGAAUAUGCGAAUCUCAGGUUCUUGUUGUGGGUAUCGCUCACCAUCCGACCGCGACCACGCGCAACAAAAUCAUGCGAGUGAAGGACCGGCUAGACGUGGGAGAAUAAUCGGAUGUCGUUUAUCAGAUCCCAUGUCGGGACUGCCCUCGCCAUUACACCGGGCAGACCGGACGACGGCUCAGUUCACAAGUAACGAAGCAUAAACGGGCAGUUCGGAGAGGCGACCCGUUGACUCAGGUCGCCACUCACACCCUGGAGGAAGGCCACAAAUUCAACUUCGAGAGCGCGCGGAUAAUGGCGCGGGACAGUCUGAAACCAACUCUAUCGACAGGCACGUUAUAUAUCCCUUCUGCUAUCACGCGCCCCCUUCCCGCGGCAAAGAGGCGAGGUCCAAUUCCCAGCCAAGGGUGCACGCAGUCACGCCGCCGUGAGACGGCGUGGGACUCAGCUUAUCCCGAAUACCACCCUCUGCCCUCAUAUCUCACCCCCUUCACGGCUUGACUACAAAAACUGCUCAUUUGAUGUCGCAUUCUCACAUUCUCUGACGAUGGCCUCCUGUACGAGACCAGGCCAGUGCUUGAGAGGUGCCUUACAUGUAUGUGGGCAGUACACUUUCUCUGGUAUAGGAGCCCCCAUCGAUCAGGUUACGGAACAUGCUCGUCCAGUUGUUUCUAGGAUUUCAAUAACCAAAAGAAUCCGGAUUUGAGUCUCAGACACGUUAACACCUCGGACCAGGCAGGGCUAGCAGAUGAUGGCUAAUAAGUCACAAAAGAUCGUUCUGGUAUGCCUUAUCAUUAUCGGUACAACCGUACCUCCCUAUAGCAUAAGUUCUGUUAUGGGAAUUCCCCAUGGGGGUUAGGGCCUUGUUGCGACCUCUAUAUCUCACGAAGAUGGUGGCCUGUUGGUUAGACCGAAACAACUGGUGCAAAUAGAUCAGCUCUUUUUUAAGCAGACAGUCCUUGCUGUGACAAGGAAUAACUUGAUGUAGGACAGUCUGAACACAGUCUAUUCUGAAAGUUGCUGUUUUCGUAAAUUAGGGCUGAGAUCCACAUUAGAGGUUUCCCUGCAUGCACGCGAGGUCAUCGUCACUCAAUGCUUUUGUAGGCAAGUCCAGAAAUUGAGAGGUUUCUACCGUUGCCUCUUCACGAAUUGAAUUUGUGACUGCAAAGCUACUGUUCGGACCCUAAACUUAGCAAUUUAACUUCUUUAUUUAUUAUGUCCGAAAGGUGGCACCCAAGUAGCAAAGCCCUAUUUUCAGUUGGAUGUUUCGGGCAACCUCCCCUUCUAAGCAACGUGUGAUUAGCUCCGUCGGCAGUGUGGAUAUAAUUGAGCCCAUUUUUGUUUCCGUAUCCUUUCACGGCACAUGCUGACAAAGUUGGAGCAUUUUACGAUGGAUUCUGUGCUGAUGGAAACGUUGCAACUGCAACAUGGCACAGAAUGCACCUAUUAGGAAUAUAUCUAGGGCUUUGUACUCUUGGAAUGACUAUGUGCAGGCUGCCGAUGAUGUCUGCGAUUUAGCCAUUAAGUGUCCCAGAUGUCUGCUUGGUUUCUUGGCGAUGUUUUGGGCAGGUGAUCCCAGGAAUGACAGUAAAUAUCCUAAUUGUCGAAUGAAUCGUCUCUUACGACACCCUCCAUGAAGCCACACGUUCCUCUGGUCAUCCGUUCCAUCUAACGACGGGUUGCUGUCAUCAACCUGAAGCUCCACGAGUGUGACUUGAUUUUUCUCAAACAAAAGCACACCAUGAUAUAUUUUAAGGUUUUAAACAAAAUUUUAGUUAAACGGAACAGUCAACGCCAUGUCCACAAAUAUCUUGACACAGUAAGGAAACAAAGUCCAUGAAAGUAAGCAUGGACACAUUUCGUAAGUGGUGAUUUAAUGUGUGCGAAAUGCAAAAGGCCUAUCUACAUCAAUAGGCGCAAAAUUGUUUUCAAAGUGAUUAAAUAAGGCCUUGUCAUAAAGUGCAUGAUAACGGUCAGCACGUGAAAACGGAAAAAAAGAAACAAUGUUUAAAACUAGAAAUUCUGGCUGUUUACGAUUUUUCCCUUAUCACUACCUAGCCUGUUCAGCAUUCAAAUGUCCGCGUUACUUUUAUUUAUUAAAGCUAUUAUGUACCAACCGCGGCAUUUUAAGACUGAAAGAUAUAUGCUAAAUCUUGUGCCGGUUAACAUACUACGUUUACCACAUUUUUCGAUGGAAUUAGGGUCUAGGCCGUCUGCAGGAGCCAAAAUCAUUUCACCGCUGUUUAUAAAUAUACCCAUAGUAGUAACAAUAAACUACUUAUGUUACAUUAUUCGAGACAGUGGAAACCCAGGAAAAACUACUUACCCGCUGCCCAAAAAAUUUCAAGCUUCUAUACAACGGCCAGGAGACAGGUGAUGUGUCAAUAAUUUGGCCGUUUAGACAAUUUACCGCGGACGUCUUCUUAGGCCAGAUCGAGAAAACGGACUUAAAGGAUGCCAUUAAUAACCUCGAAUAUCAUGGUCAGUAUGUAGACGACAUCAACGCCCUGGGUCAGAGGUCUAACAGAACGCACCAUCGCUCAAGAUUGCUGCAGAGCCUGCUGUAGAUAACAAAACCGCCUCCCUCAAUUUCCUUCUGCGCAAACGAGAGAAUGCAUCCACCUAACACAGGGUAUUGCGGAAGAUAUCCUGAGCAUGACACUGCUCUAAUUUUCGCAGUUUCGUUCCUCUAAAUCUAAAACUAAGUCUCGUUUAAGGACUGACUGACGCACCUGUUUUUCCGAAAGUGUUGAAGCAGAAUUCCAGCAGCUGCAUAAAACACUCCGCAAAAACGGUUGCUUAGAGAGCUUCAUUUUGCAGAAAAGUGGACAUCGUGCCAUAAAGCCGACCGCUACAACUGCAGAAAUGAGGGACUUAUUAAAGAUUGCCUCUUCUAGGAGGACGCAGCAAGACGACGUCUAAAGAUAGCCAUCACGUGCGCUUUCUGCUUGACAAACUCACGCGUAUUUUUUCCAAACUCUCCCCUCCCACGGUUAGGAGGAAAAACCAUAAAAUGUACAAUCCAUAUCGAUGUUCAUUUGCUCAUCCAAGCGCUCCUGUGGAGCAGGAUAUGUUGGUUGUGUUUGACAAGGUACAAAUAGAAGUGAGUCUCUUCCGAGGUCUAUCCCCGUGCAUCUAUUUGACGUUAAAUAAGUCGUUCAGGUGCCUACCGGGCAUCAGCUCACUACUCUGAAGGCCUACGCCAACGAAUUCCGGCAACAGCGGAGGCAGUGGCUGUUCUGCUGACGAAUUCAAAAGAAGUUGGUACAAGCGAUCUCUCUUCCGUGGCCGACUCCAAGUGGUAGUCGUCAGCCAUCCCAACACGCUAAUGAAAGCAAUGCGUGCUCUGAGUGUUUUAUCUACGGAAACCGCUCACGCACUACCCCAAAAGCUUCCUCUUUUAAACCCAAAGUCCGCAGCAUGCCGGCUUUACUAUGUGGGCCGGCGUAGGUGCUGGGACGCAUGACCGCCCUGUUCGUGGCUUACGCAUUCAUCCUCCAUGUACUUGCAGUGGAGUGAUAAAUUUUGGAAAAAGGUUUUCUGUUUGUAUGAUGACCCGGAGACCAACAUGGUCCUCAACGCAACAAAAUGUCUCUCAGCUGCUUUCGACGUAGCAUUGCAGUUGCUUGUGAAGUAAGACAGUGUAUUGUCAGUCAGUCCUACUACAACUAUGCGUGGCACAAAAUACCGUUAAUACAAAAACCAUAAGUUUAUAAGUCACGUUUGUUUUUUUAUUUCCUUGGAGGCAACCUAACCCUCCACUUCUGUCUUUAUCUGAUUUUUUAUGCCAAAGCUACACAUUUUUGAUUCAGGCAGACUCUCGAUAUAUUCGUUUUUAACGAAUCAAAGAUAAACAAAAAUAUUUAGGCACCGAACUUGGCCGGCCUGACUUUAUCAAGUGAAAUAGUUCAAAAAUGCUUCUGUUUCUUUAAGAGAUUUUGUGCAUGCCAUUUAUCAUUAAGUGGGUUUCGAUAAUCGGAUUUAACGACUAUCUUCCACUACAUCGUGUACAUUUGGAAAUAGAUGCAAAACUUGCGCACCUGGAUACCUGCUGUUUCUGGAUUUUGCUUAAGCAAAAAUCAAGUAGACAGUUUUGUGGAUUUUAUAAAUUAACUAAACAAAUUUCCAAUGUCAACAUAUUUUUAUCUAGCAUCAUCAUGCUAAAGUAAAAAAGCGGUUUUCGCCACGUCACGUUCGCAUCACAAGAAUUUCUUUAUUGGUUUAUAAAUUGUUACGACCUUUUCGUCGGUGAAUAUUAAGCCUUGAUUUAUCAUAGAAGUCUCAGUUUUCUGAAAGACAGGCAUUCAUCUAAUCCCUCUAAUUUUAUUUUCAAAUUAAGCAGCCGGAAUUGACGGGCGAGUAUGCAGCACUUUAAGAUUGCAGAGUAGAACUGAUAAUAUGUUUACAGAUCAGAUCAUUCAUUGUGCUGGAGCCGAGUAUGUGGCUUCUUCCUGACGUAAAUCGCCGCACACAUACUGAGGAUGGAAUGCUUGACUAAUCGUCGUAGUUGGUUUGCUAGGCAUUGUUCUGUGACAAAUGUUUACUACGUUAUCGAAGUUUUCUGAGAAUAUAAUUCGACCGUUCUCAUUUCCACAUUUUUAGCGGUCAUUGAAGCGAGUCCCGGGUUGAAUGAAUACCAGGUACGAAAAUGUUUGCCCUACGUUAGCAACAAAAUGUCCCUCAAAUAAUUUCGAUAUAGCAUUGCACCUUCUUGUGAAGUAAAAUUACAUAUUGUCAGUCAGCCCUUACUUCCGAGGCUCUUAAAAAUUCAGUUAUAUUUCAUGGAUAACAUGCAUAAGAAUAUUCAUUGUGUUGUUUAUUCGGUAGAAAAUUAUGUCUCUAAUCAGUUGUAUACUCAGUAAUUUUGAAACCGACCUACCGUUUCACUUGCAUUCAGGAUUUCCAAACUAAAAACUCUAGGCUUUAUCAGUAAGGCAAAUCAUAAAUUUUUCUAUGGCAUUAAGAGAAAACCAUAUGGUGUUCAUAAAAAUUAUCAGUGGAUUAAAGCCAUAUUGUUAACUUUAUAAGCAGCAAUGGUAAAUGCAGAGCCGACGUUGUAUGAACGGCCAUUUCACGGAAUGAAAAAAAAUCACAAUUAGAAACUUUUUAAAUCGAAUUAUACUGUUCCUUUGAGUAUAAACUCGAAAGAAGACGUGUUUUUCUACCCAAUGAGCAAAAGAAUGUUUUUCGUGUUUUUCAUGGAAUUUAACAGACUUUUCGGGACAUCUGAAAUCAACGAGAAAAAUACACGUUAAUUAAGUAGUCCUUUUGCAAAGUAUAGUUUUUGUAUUCAGCCGAGAAGAAAUUCUUUCGAAAGCCGGCAUCCUGCGGUAACUGAAUUAUUAUAGAAUUAAUCUGUAUGCUGAUUAGUUUUACAACCGCUAUUUGAUCAAUCUUUUCGAAACGAAAACGCAUUUCGGAGUUUUGUCUGACAUUCAUGAGUAAGCCCACCUUCUGUAAGUGCAGAGUAAUUUUCCAGUUUUAAUUAUUAAUUCAACAACAGGGUAAAGAAAGGAGCGUAAAUAUCGAUCGAGAAAAACAUUGAAAAACAGAUAGCACAAAACCUGUUCAAUUUUGAGCUCAGUUUCCCAUAGAAAUGGACCAAAUUCAUGAAAUGAUUAUCGUUGUCCUUAGGCACGAUUAUGCAAGGCUUGUUUUGCUAAUGUGCUUUUCAUUACUGAUUUUGUUCAUGAGAAAUGAAGCACAAUUGGUGAAGCAUGUACUGUAUUCACUUGGAAAUCCGGAUUCACAUUUGGAUCCCCCAUUAAAACUGAGUGGGAGACUUUUAGGUGGUGUAGAAAAACUGCUCUUGUCAAAUAAUUGUUAAUUUAAUGUAAUAUUUUAUUUGCUAUUCGUUGUUCUAUCAGUGCUAUCACUCUUUUCACAAAGCUCACGGAGCAAAUCCUUCUUCAUUUUCUGAGAACGAAGGUUUCCUUUUAACUUUAGCUUUCUUUUAUGCGCGUCUUUUAAAGCUAUUCAGAAUAAUUUUGUAACAUUUUGAUACAUAUAUAUAUGUACUACACUGCAUAUACGUUUUCAUGGAAUAAUCGCGACCAUUACGUUUUGCACAUGGAUGUAUUUCGAGAAGUUGGCGGGUGACCAAAAAAUUUAAACACAUUCAGAAGAUGCAACCAUAAGCUUACCAUUUUCUCUCAUUAGAAAAUUUUUUACGGAAACAUAUCGCGUCUUCUCUGGCGACGAUAAGGUAAUUAGGGCGUCCUUGAAACGUUAACGAAUUCUUCUUCGGUCUUCAAUGCACACAGUCAACUGCGGAAAAAGACUGCUUUUAGGUUUAAAUUAUCUAACCACUCAAAAUAAGACAGUCUGUGAAGACUGUAGCCUAUACAGUGAGUUCUCGAACGCGCCAUUGAUGCCGACGACGGUUUGACUAUGCCAAUCCAAACAAAACAUACCCUAUUAGUCAGAUGAAAAGCAUCCCAUUUAUUCCUUAAAAAAUCUUCUCUAAUUACGUCCCUCCUUGUAAUGCGCCUUGCUGGGACAUUCAUAAGAUAAAUGUCUACAUUCUACCACUUUUCCAAAGUUAAGUCAGGGGGUGAAUAGAAGAUCACAUCCCUUUACGCACUACUAAGAUUACAUUUUGACGCAAACGCCCUGUUCUGUUUGUUUUGAAGCCAUUUUGGUUAUCCUCACCUAAUUCCUGCACCAACCUUUGAUCAUAUAAGUAUCUCUUACGCAACUAAGACUCGCGUAGCACAACUCACCCCGGACCGACCAUCUGAAUAUUAUUAGUUUAGUCACUUACUGUAUCAAUUUAGAAAACUACCCAGACAAGAAAUGUAGUGUAGUGUUCGCUUAUUGGUCGUUUUCUCUAUUUAUAAAGUAGAAUAAUGGUAUGUUCUACGGGAAAAGAUUCCCAUGCAUUGUUAGGCUACUGAGAAAACCCCACAACGUCCUUGUUGUCUCGCAAAGGUCAUCGGGAUCCUCGUUACUCAGUUUUAUGGACCUCACAAACUGGUGGAUGGGCGUUUAUAGUUCCUUCAAAAUCUUUUUCAGAACUGCCUUACGUUCGAGCACUUUUGAUAAUUUCGUUUUGCCUAAAAUGUAGGUGUUAAAUAAGUCAUCGGACUACCUACUGCAAUGCGGUCGGAGACUUUAUGCGUACAAUAACGAUAGCCGUGUUUGUAGUCUUUUGAGUAGGAUCAAAUGAAAGCACGAUGCGUUAAGGUGAUGGAGCGUUUUGAAUGAUUUUUGUCUUUUAUUUGAUGUUACAGAUACCGAGGAACAUUACAGGUACCCGAACGCGGGGAAGAUCGCUGACCUUACUUGACUCUGCCAGCCAGUGUCCCCCGAAAGCAUAUGAUACUCGCCGACAAAUAGUGGAUUCCCUCGGUCUGCCGGUGGGCGUGGAAGCUGGCAUUGGGAGCCCAAAAGGACGUAGAAGGCGGCACAUGUCUCUCACCCUGUCGGGCACUUGA